AUGAACGGAACCAGUCGUGAACCUCUCUCUAGCGAAUGCAUCAUCAAAUGUAUGGUUGAUGCAUACGCCUAUGAGGGGGAUGCGCUUGUUGUGAAGAUGUCACUCAAAAGAAUGCCCAAACCCGGGUUUGUCGUGUACCUGCCGAUGGAGGACCCUGAGGAUGGCUAUGAAUUCGUUGUCAUUGGCGUAUGGAAAUACAUGUUUCUCCUUGACAACGAUGUUGUCGUUGAAAGUCCCCGGUCUGGUGGACCGAGCCAUGAUAAAUGUGCGCUCGAUGCCUUCAAUGAGCUUCAGGCAGCAGGCUACGAAGUCUUAGCUUGGCGACCAAUUUGCAAGGAAGCAAUACCCUAUAUGGACCGAGAUGGAAACACUUUGCCGAUUGACGAACGGCCUUCUGUCAAGACCCCAGAAGAGUUGGAAGACACUGCUGAAGACAGGACUGUAACUGAGUUGCGAAAGCAGAUUUUGCAACUCAAAGAGAAACUCCGGUCGAAAGAGAUUUGUGAAAUCCGACUCCAGAUGUCACGUUUCGAAGACCUCAAAAGGUCUCACAAUAGCGAGUUGACAAGGAGCAAGGGGCUAGAACGAUAUCGCGGGGCAGUCCGUGAAAACGUAAAAGAACUCAACUUUCUACGAGAGAAGGUGAAGGAAUUGGAGGUUGUUAACGACAGUGGAAACAAGGAUCAACACUUGGCCAAACUCUUGGAAGGGUUGCUUGAUAAGAUGGCCCUUUCUACCGAAAGACGCAAGUCCACGCACCUGGAGCUCAAGGCUGCUGUGCUACAAAAGGAACUUGACUUGGGCCACGCCUUCACCGAAUUGCAUCUGGUGUUUGAUAACUACCAGGAUGAGAAGGCUAGGAACCCGCAAUCUCUACGACUUGUAGAGCUUGGUAGUGAUUUGAAAGGCGCGCGCGAUAGGGUAAGCGAAACAUCGAUGGCGAUGGGUAGAGCCAAGACGGAAAUGGAGGCAGCAGAGCAGAACCUUUUAGAGGAGUAA